CAAGCGUUCAAUUGACAUUGAAAGAAAAAAAGAGAGCAAGGUUUGAUAGCAUUGCAGAGCAGAUUUAUGGCGUCACUGGGUAGAAAAACAUGCAGACUCUUUGGUUGUUGUCACAUUAAGAAAAGAGAGACAAAAUUCUCACAGGAUUUGAUAUGGAGCCUUUCUUCACGUAAAAGAUAUUUUCAUGAGACCACAGGAGAAGUAAAGGACAAAUCAAGAACGCAAAGACAGGACAAUGUGUUACUGGAUCUGAUAAAGUACAAUAAUGAUCUUGUCAGCAGUAGUGAUCCAUUCUACAUGAUGAAUCAUCUCUUGAAGAACAAAUUGUUUGAGAAUGAACACAUUGUUGCCUUCAACAAGCCAGCAGGAUUUCCAAUGACUUAUAAUCCCCCAAAGAAUAUAAGGAAUUGUGACUUGGUUGACCGUGUUGUAAACUUGGAUGGACUUUUACCAGAGUUAGCCGAGCGCUUGCUCUGUACCAAGCUCUAUGUGGCUCUACCAAUAGACAGAAUGUGCAGUGGUGUCCUGAUUUUAACCAAGUCAGAGGAUUAUAAAGAGUUCCUUCAGAAGAGGUUUAACAGUCUUAAAACCACCAACCAGUACCUUUAUCAGCACUGGGAUGCUUUGUGUGUCGGUGUCCCUGACAAACUGCCAGCAGAGAAAGUGAAGCUUUACUACAACAAGGAAAAGUUCAGAGAUAUAUACCUUCCACAAACAGUUUUCUGUACUCCCAGUAUGAAUACAAGAAAAAGGGGAAAUGUGAUGUACACAUCGUUAUCAGGGGAGAUAAUCACAAAAAAUGAAGAGCGCGGAGCCAGGAGUAGCCAUGUUAGGGUCUCUGUAACCUCAGCAUCCAAUCAUGUGAUUCCUGCAUUCCUGAGCGAGAGUUUCGCCCCAAUUCUGGGGGAUCAGGAGUACUUCUGGAGAGCGGUGUCAGUCAUGGGGGUCAAAAUGUCAAUACUCAAACAGAUCCCCUCCUCAGGAAUACCCAGGCCACAGGAACUUUCAAAAGGAAUUCUACAUAACCUUGGAAUCAAGCAAGGACAUGUACAGAAUUUGCCGGUGUUUCUUCACAGAUCUGCAGUUGAUAUUGUGUUUCCGAAAAACGAUCAGCAAGAAAAUUUCCAGAUAAAGGCCCCACUACCCGACACUUUCCUCCUGGCGAAAUAUAAACUUCUAAAAGACAAUCAGUCAGAGGCGGAGUGUAUGGAACGGUUCGCUGGUGGCCAUAGACUUAAAUACAAUCCUUCAGAGGAAGGAGGAACCACAGAUGGAGAAUUAGGAUACAAGGAGUGGGAGAAAAAUAUCAUAACCGAUACAUCAACAAAAGACUCUUGAUAAAAUAAAGUUGAUAUUGUUAUUUUGUUCAGUAUUAUGGUUUGAUUUUUGGGAGAUGAUUUUUAAGAUCAAUUUUUUGUAUCGAUCCUUGUGUUUGACAAUGAUUGAAUAAUCGGCAAAAAGAAAAGAGUUCU